AAGGAGCACGUUAACCUCUCGCAAUGUAAAUUCGAAAUAACAAGUCACUAAGUUUAUCAUCAGUCUAUUGAUUGUAGAGAUCACGUUUCCAACUAUUGUCAGUGAAGAUGUCGAGCCUGCUUUUGGGGCUGAGGCUUUCCCUCUACGAUUUGCAGAGGGUCAAAAUGGAAAAUGUCGAUUUCGAAUCAAAGGUUGACGCAUUCAAGGAGGAAGUCGCGAAAAAGGCCAAUUCCCCAAAGGAAAGUCUGGAACUAGUUUAUUGCGGAAACAUUCUAGAUGAUGAUUCUACUCUAUCCUCUUGUGGUGUAAAGCCUGGUGUCAUGGUUCACGUUCUUAAGAAAAAAGCUAAAGAGGCUCCUCUUCCUACUCAGACGAUGACUGAAUGUGAUAUCCAAGCACUCGUUGUAGCUUUUAAAACACUCACAUUUAGUUCCUCUUGCAAAAGUUCUUUACAGAAAUUGAGUCGUCCUGAUAUUUUAGAAAAUAUAAUAAUGAUAACACCAGGACUGAGUCAAGAUCCAGUUGCAAUUUCAAUGAUUCAAGAUCCUGAAUUGCUGGUUAGGAUGGGCGAUAUUGAGACAGUGAGAAGAAUUGUUGAGCUUCACCCAGCACUGGCAGAAGCAGCCAAUCAUAUUGCAGCCGCUGUUCAUGAAGAGGCAGUUUCUGGUAGCAGUUCCCACCCAAGCACAUCUACAGGUCUUGCUCAUUUGAUGGACAUGUUGAGUGAUGAGGAUGAUAUGGAAUCCUCCCAGUCAUCAGAUUCGCUCCAGCAAGGGGUUACCCGCCAGCCAUCAUUUUCUGCUAUAACAUCAGCACAAUUGGCAGCUGCAAUAGCUUCUGCAGCACAGAAUUCAGCAAGUGCUAGUACGAGUGGAGGAGAUACUGCUAUAACUCCUGAAAUGGUCAAUGAAGCGAUGCAAAGAGCAAUGGCUACUGUAGCUCCAGCAUCUUCAACUGUGCCAACCGAAGGACCGACGAACACUGAAAGGAAUCCAGACAACCUUACAGACCAGAUGAGACAAAUGAGGGAACUUGGACUGACAGAUGAUGCUUUAAAUUUGCAAGCUCUCCAACUUUCCCGUGGCAACGUCCAUGCAGCGGUUGACCUUGUCUUCAGCGGAGCAAUCUCUAAUAACCCAUAAUAUAUUGUUUCCUCAAUAAUGUAUUGUUUUUGUGAUAUGUAUGAAAAAUAAUUAAGAGAAUUAAGAUAA